UCUUACUUAGUCUUAUUUGUUCCUACUAAUUCCGGCUUAUUCCUACUAAUUCCUAUACACUCACUCCUACAUCCUCCUAUAUCCUCCUACAUCCUCCUACAUCCUCCUACAUCCUCCUAUAUUCUCCUACAUCUUCCUACAUCUUCCUACAUCCUCCUACAUCCUCCUACAUCCUCCUACAUCCUCCUAUAUUCUCCUACAUCUUCCUAUAUCCUCCUACAUCCUCCUACAUCCUCCUACAUUUUCUUACACUCUCUUACAUCCUCCUACAAUCCUGGAUCAAUGUUUUGGUGCAUUUAACGCCAGACUUGGUUGCAAUGCAACGCCUCGUAUUGCAGCCGAUCACCAGUACUUUUUUAGAGCAGCCUUCUAAAUUAGAAAAUUC